CAGUUAGAGCGGGAGUAGUGACGUCACUCUUUGUGCCCGCGCACACUCGCUCCCUCCGCAGUGUCUUUCUAUGGAAGCGGUGGGGGGUGGCGCGCGCUCUGAGAACGGGAGACGGCGGCAGCUCCACACAGAUAAGGAGGGGGAACCAGACCCGGUAAAGGAACCGUCCUACCGGCGAUAAAGGAUUGUGUGAGCUACCUUCCGGUAUCCUGCGAGUGCGGUAGUUGGUACGUCACAGUGCAAGGCGAACAGGAAGAGGCAUAAUAGCAAAGCGGAUUCCCUCCUGGGGAAGUUUGUGGAUUGGAUGUUGCCUUCAGGAGGAACAGAGUGCACAGGACAAGACAUCCAGUGUAAAAUAGAGAAAUGAGCCGACAGACUGCUACAGCAAUCCCUACUGGUACUUCAAAGUGUCCACCAUCUCAAAGAGUUCCAGCCCUGACCGGCACAACUGCUUCAAACAAUGACUUGGCCAGUCUCUUUGAAUGCCCGGUGUGUUUUGACUAUGUUUUACCCCCUAUUCUUCAAUGUCAGAGUGGCCAUCUGGUCUGCAGUAAUUGUCGGCCAAAGCUCACUUGCUGCCCAACCUGCAGAGGUCCUUUGGGAUCAAUUCGCAACUUGGCUAUGGAAAAAGUCGCCAACUCUGUGCUAUUCCCUUGCAAAUACGCCUCGUCUGGUUGUGAGGUAACUUUGCCGCACACUGAAAAAGCUGACCAUGAAGAGCUGUGUGAGUUUAGGCCUUACUCCUGUCCCUGCCCCGGGGCUUCGUGUAAAUGGCAAGGUUCCUUGGAUGCGGUGAUGCCACACCUAAUGCAUCAGCAUAAAUCUAUAACAACGUUACAAGGAGAGGAUAUUGUAUUUCUUGCCACAGACAUAAACCUUCCUGGGGCAGUAGACUGGGUCAUGAUGCAGUCUUGUUUUGGCUUUCAUUUCAUGUUAGUCUUGGAAAAACAGGAGAAAUACGACGGCCAUCAGCAGUUCUUUGCCAUUGUACAGCUCAUAGGAACACGCAAGCAGGCCGAGAACUUUGCCUACCGACUGGAGCUUAACGGGCACAGGCGGAGAUUGACUUGGGAAGCAACUCCUCGCUCUAUUCAUGAAGGGAUCGCAACUGCCAUUAUGAAUAGUGACUGCUUAGUAUUUGACACCAGCAUUGCACAACUGUUUGCUGAAAAUGGCAAUUUAGGAAUAAACGUUACGAUCUCAAUGUGCUGAAUUGGCAGCCAGUCCUCCAGGGCCAGUGUUUAUAAUGCUUUGCAAUGAAUUUUCAAAUAAAAUGGUUACAGUCGACAUUUCCAGCAAACCAUAAACUUUUAUCGCCUGGGUCCUGCAAAUGACAAGUAACUAUAAGAAUACAGGAAGCGGUUGCAUGUAAAAACACUAAUAUUUAUAAUCCAUAAACCACUGAAAAACAUGUACACACCCAGCUGGGCAUCUUUUGUAUUUAAACAAAGAAAAGAAGAAGAAAAAAAAAACUAAAAAAAAAAAAAAUUCAACCAGAAAUGUAAAAUAAUCCUGAAUUUGUGUUUGUUGUUUGUACAGUGAAUACUGUUUUGUGUUUAUUUCCCAACCUUCAGACGGACAAGCCAUUUCGCGUGGUUCAAUGCCACUGCGUUCCUCAUUUGUAAGUCACUAUGUAGAAUUUCUGCUGUUUGUCUACAUUUUCUGUGUAUCGCUCAUUUUUAUUAACUUCCAGUUUUUUUUCAUUCAAAUAAAUUUGACUUUCUUUUCUGUUGCUAAGGAAGUUUUGUACACACA